AUGUCCUCCUGCUCCUCCGACACGGAUCCAGAUACAGAUCCACACGUGGUUAUGCGAGAACGAAAUCAUUACAAUGGGGUCUACGAUACACCCAUUGCUACCUUUCUGGCAAAUGCGUCUACCUGCUUGGAUUGCAAUCUGGUGCUGCAAGUCAUCGAGGCUGUCAAGCCAGGCUGGGUAAAAGAGAACGCGCAUCUCGGUCUAGUUGACUACCACCGGGAGAAAUCAGAGGAUGACAAGUCUACGAUAGUGCCUCAGUUUACCCUGCACCUGCAGCAGUCGGUAGGAAUGGCAGGUGUUGACUUGCACCAGCCUACUUCCUUCCACUUUUUCAAACGUGCUGCCACUGCACGCUACGAGCCGCAUCAUGUCGAUUCGCAUGCUGGCAAAAGCCCUGAAUUCACCGGGAAUUUUCUCGCUCAGUCCCUCGAAGUGACGCAUGAUUCAGGCUCACCAGCAGCCUUUGAACGAGCUCAUCAAUGGCUAUCAUACUGUGACGAGCAUGACGGAGCCUGUAAGCCUCCAAAUCCUGGAUACAAGCCGCGGCGCCUUAUCAAUGUCGGCUCGUCGGAUGGGACCCGCCAUCCAUUCCUCUUCGAACCUGCCGAGCCUGCCCGCUACGCAUGUCUCAGCUACUGUUGGGGUAAGGAUCUUGACCAAGUCCUGACCACAACGACCAAUAACAUAGAGUCGCAUUACCAAGCUAUCGAACUCUCCACCUUACCACUAGCCCUUCAAGACGCCAUCACUGUCUGCCGAAACCUCGAGAUACCCAAUCUAUGGGUCGACUCUCUGUGCAUCGUCCAAGAUGACCGACUUGCCUGGUUACACGAUGCAUCAGCAAUGCACGAUAUCUAUCUCAACUCUUAUCUAACCAUCUCAGUCAAGGAACCCAACUCAUGCAAGUUGGGAUUUCUCGGCAAACAGCGCUUCGGUGAGCCUACCUGGCAACAACUCCUUCGUCUCACCCGCCCAGACAACGCCCCCGGCUUAGACCUGUUAAUACGCCCAGGGGAGUUCUACCCCAGAUCGUAUCGAGACCGAUCAUCUCUCGACAGAAGGGGAUGGUGUCUACAAGAGUCCAUCCUACCCAACCGCAGACUCUGUUACGACGGCAACGAAAUGAUCUGGGAGUGUCUCUGUCGCCAGCUCUGUGAAUGCGGACAUGCAGUGGCACCCCAAGUACCACACCUCACGACCCUGGAUUACGGCAAGCUCGGAGCUUCCAUCAAAACCGAGAUCCUGAAGGGGAAAAUCCGCUCUAAGAGACAAGGCUACUCAGAGUGGCACCAGUUUUCGCUGGGCUCACGAUCAUGGCUUGAGCCUCAUCAGGAGAUAUACCAGAGAUGGAGAGACCUUGUCUCGGACUAUUCGCACCGAUCACUCAGCAAGAAGCAUGACCGAUUACGGGCUAUUUCGGGACUGGCGAGAAUGGUGGGGAAUAAUAUGCGGCAAGGACCCGAAGCAGCAGAUGAGUAUCUGGCUGGACUUUGGAAGAAAGAGCUCCCUUUUGAUCUGUCGUGGGAGGUUGAGCCCCUUACUGAAGGUGCGGAGGUACUGGAGAGUGGCGAGGUAAAUGCGAAUGAAGCUGCGUAUCAUAUCCCGAGCUGGUCGUGGGCGUCUGUGGGAAGACCGGUCGGCUAUCGAUUCGACCUUCCGUUGGAAUUAUGGAAAUAUGAGCCUGUGGCCGUCGAUCAGUGCAUCGUUGAGCGAGUUCAUUGUCAACAUGAGCUACUGGAGGACCCUAUGAGUGCCGUUACAGACGGCUCUAUUGUUUUAACAGGCGCUUUUGCGCAAGUGAAGCUGAUUCACCUCAAGCAAACACAAGGAACCGCUCGAGAAGAUCACGAAGGCCUCAUCAUCGAUGAAGGUGGUAUCCAACGGGAUACAUUUGUGCAGUGCUCCACUGGGCACAAGUUGAGAGUGACCCUCGACAAGCUGGAGGUGAACGAUCCAGACGAAUCGUAUUACUGUCUCCGAUUGUUUUCGUGGGUAUCUAAAUACGACCGGAGGAUGGGCCCGGAGACAUGGUUUCUCGUACUGGCGACAUCAACGCGCAAACUAGGUGCUUUUGAGAGAAGGGGUGUUGGUCUGUGGAAUACAUGGCGAGGUGAUGCGGGUAACAUGUCUUGUCCUAUUUUCGAGGGGUGUGCAGCUGCUACAGUGGAGAUUGUUUAG